UCAUAUUGAAAAUUAACAUUAGUUCGUAACUAGAAUCUUGCGUUGUCGUCACUAACUGUAACAGUCAACUCAGCAUGAAAACACGGACUAGUUUGUCGAAAGUCCCAAGCGAUGAUGAAAUAGCAAAUUCGGAUACUGCGCACUCAUCUGAAACAAAAACCAGUUAUAUAACUACACAACAUUCAAAAGUAAAAAAGCAUUCACAUUCUCUGUCAAAAUCACGACGUAAAAGUAGCAAAGAAAAAAUAUUCGAGAAAAUUUCUUUAUCAAACCUCGCGGAAGGGGCGAGGAAUGCAGAUGACUGUGCUUUAAAUUUAACCACAAAUGAUAUCGAUAGAAAUAAAGACAAUAUUCAAGAUCUACAAACUAAUUUAAAAAAAUCGUCAGAAGACAAAAAGAGUCGCAACCUUGAUUUGGUUGUGCGGCGCAUGCUGAAAGCGAAAAAAGAGAGCGGAGAGCAGUCGGCAGGCAUCUCGUGCAAAGCGAACGAGAUAAAAUCAACCACUGCCGGUAUAAAUACUGCCGUCGAUAAGGAAACUGCCAAUAUUAACUUAGCCCAAUCGGAAGGAAACUAUAGAGAGGUUACGGUUGGGAAGCAUAAGCAAGAGAAUCAAAACAACGUACAAGAUAAAGGUAUGAUUGAUGUUCAAUUGGUAACAGAAAAUCAUCUUUCAAAUACUGAAAGAUUAGUCAGAUCAAACUCCAGAAGUACAACAGAGCAGAAUCAUCGUGGGUCGUCUUUACUCAACGACUCGUGUAGCAGUCCGGAAUUUUCUCCAUCGACUAACCCAGGAUCUGAUAGCGAAGGAUCGUGUCUUAAGCCUUUUGUACAAACGACUAAGAAAUCCGAGGACAGUACUUUGUUAGCGGAGAAAGACAACGAAGACAAAAUGUCACAUAUUAUCAAACAAGAGCCGGUUUCGGCGAUAAAUAAUAGAAUGGCGAUGUAUCACAGAAAUGGACCAAUGGAAACGCACUCGCCGCCGUCGUCGUAUGGCAGCCACUCACCGACCGAACAAAGAUCACCCAGUCCCAGUUCACCGGGGAGUAGGAAUCAACCUGCGCUCCCAUCACCACCGGAGCUUAUCUUAAAUCCGGCCAUUUCACAUUUGACUCCGAGUUCGGCAAUGUUGAUGGCAGGUGGGAGCGUUAAUUCAUUUCUUUCAACUAUGGUGCCUCCUCACUCUUCAUCGUUGGCAUAUUCACAUCACUCGCCUGGGCAACAUUCACCCCGAUUACAUUACCCAGACGAAAUGAGAAACUCGGGGGUUACAGCAGCAGCUAUGGCGGCCUCGGGAAUAGGACUGCCUACGUUGGUCCCCGCUAUUUCUGCAAUCCCACAAAACGGACCCCCUCCAAUGUUCCAUUUGGUCGAACACGACGGUAUGCCUCGCGGACAAUUUAACGAACAGAAUGAUGCAUUCUCUCAAACGAGGCGAAAUGAAAACGAAUCUGGCGGGAUCAAAGUGUCUCCAAACGCGCCAACGGGACCAAAUCCGCCCCGAGGUAUUGUCGGUCAGAAAGCGGCCAACGAGAGCAGGCCAGGACGACGUGGUGCUAACAACGUGGACGAAAAGUGCCCUUAUAAAAGACCACCACACACUUAUCCGGCUUUGAUUGCAUCCGCCAUCUUGGACAGUCCAGGAAACUUGAUCACACUUCGUGGCAUAUACGAUUAUAUCAUGAACAACUUUUUGUAUUACAAAUUUGGGCAUGACAAAUCUGCAUGGCAGAAUUCAAUCCGACACAAUUUGAGUCUCAACCAGUGUUUUGUAAAAGUUCCAAGAUACGAAAAUGCCGCUAAAUCGAAUUACUGGACCAUGACAAGAGAAGGAUUUGAAGAGUUUGGAAACGAAAACAGUUUCAAAAGAAGACGAAGACGAGGAGCCGCGCUUGCCCCUAUCUCAGCAUAUAAAAAUAAAAAAUAUAACGGUAACAACGACGCCUCUAACAGGAACGCGAAGCCGAGAAGUGGACCUGGAGGAAACAGCCCGUCUCGUAAUGGCGUGCAUGCAACAAAUACCGGUAGAACUUACACAGGAUGGGGUCCCGCGAGAUCACGAACACCAGAACCCAGUAUCGGCUAUACAAUGAGCCAUGAAUCAACAAAAGUACUGAAGAGAUCAGCUAGUCCGCCUUCAAAAAGUGCUAACAUGGGAGGGAAGCAUCCUCGUAUGGUCGUUUUAAAACAAGGAGAGGGACCAACGCUAGAAGGAUUGGGACGAAGUGAUCACCCUCAACGACCAAAUUCCCUUUCAUCUGUAGAAGAAAUGCAAGGCAAUCUCAACUCAUUCAGUAAAACCCUCAUCAAUGCUUCAGACAACACUACCGGUGACGCACGACAUAGCCCCCGACGUAAAAAUUCCCCAAAUCACCACGAAACGGGGGCCACUCCAGUCAACCAUCAAGCUUGGAUGAUGGCCGCCGCUCAAAACGGAUUUCUCCCCCACGGCCUUAUUCCAAAUCUAACUUCGUCACCUCCAUCAUUGAUUUCGCAGCAAGAUGCAUUUUCAUUAAAGUCCGCUUCAGCUUUGGAUGCGCAAGCAAAGGCAGCAGCCAUGAGGUCUUUGGCGAGCAAGAGUUCACCAAUUAUGUUGGACGAUAUUGAGAUUGGAUCUCAAGUUUCGCUUUUUGAUGGCGUUACAUCCGUCCCAACUUCGUCUUUCUGUUGUCGGUUUUGUGAUUAUAAAUACAUAGACGACACAUCAGCAAUGCUGGAAAAUCAUUGCCAAGCUUUGCAUCAAUUCGAAAUUACGAACGCAAAAGCAAAAGCCGUUGCCGCUGCUGCCGUAGCCGGACAUAAGGAGCGUGAAGCUUUGUCGAAGUCUCCCAAUGGCCAAGAAGCCGGUAUGAUGAAUUUGCUGCCGGGAUUUUCACCUUCGAUGCUCGCGGCUGCAGCAGGUUAUACCAACGCUCAAAACAUCUUGGCGGCCGCACAAGCCGCGGGAAUUAAUUUACCCGGAUCUGCGGCAUACCCCAGCUUAACAAUGUCUAACCCAGUCACCAGCACAUCGUCGUAUUUCACCGAUCCACUUAUGCGGUCCUUGGCUUUGCAAAUGAGUGGAAACUCAUCUAGUGUUAAAGAGAUACCAGAUGUAUCCCAGGCAAACUCCGUCGAUGCGACCCACAGACAGCAACAACUCGCUGCGAUCCAGCAAGCAGCCAUGUCUAAUGCAGCAGGUCAAUCACAAGAACAACUUCGACAACUUAUUUAUCAACAGCUUUUGAUGCAAAAUCCAUUCAUUUCUGGCAACCCUAGUCUCGCCGCAUCCAUGCAAAGACCGAUGCCAAGUGCUAGAAACGAUAUGUCUCCAUUGGCUCAAUUUAUACAAUAUCAACAAAAAGCUUUGGAAAUGGCAUCGCAAAACGCUAGCCACGAUAAAACAUCAAGCAUGGAUUCGAAAGACGUUGUUAGCCCUAAACGACCUUCGAGCCACAAUUCAAACAGACAGUCACCUGUGAGAAGUCGCAAGGGAUCGUCAUCUUCGGUUGGAAGUAAUCAACCGCUUGCGAAUGAAACCGAAGAUGCAGAAAAACAGAAUGAUAUUCAUGGAUGGAAACAAUGCCAAGAUUGCAAUUUCACUGCUAAAGGAGCUCACGGGCUUGAGUUGCACAACAGAAAAGCUCACGGUAGCGACAGACGAAAUUCUGUGGAAAAUGAAAAUGCAAAAUCUCCACGUCCAGGCAAAGAAAACGAAGAAAUUGAGAAUUCGCCAAAUACGACAAAUUCAAAAAUCGCCAGUUUGGCGUCGUCAGAACUUCGAAACACUUUCGGUACCCAAACGGACACCAGUGAUGACGACAGACGCACAUGUCAACACUGUGACGUCACUUUCGGAGACGACACCAUGCAUGCAUUGCAUAUGAGCUGUCACGACAGAUCAGACCCAUUUAAAUGCACCAUUUGUGGACAAGAAUGUCACGAAAAGUACUAUUUCAACGUACAUCUUCUACGGGGGUUGCAUCAGCCACAGAACAAAAACAAGAAGAUUUCGAGAGAAGAUGGAGACAUGAACCUCGGAAGACGACACAGCAAAUCAAGCGAGAGAUCUUUCUGUAGUUCUGGAAGCGAAAACGAGAGAGUUGAAAGCGAAGGAGAAAAGAUCGCAGUUUCGCCCGCCUUUCUCUCGGACACCAUCACUGUGCCACGUGUUGAAGUGCCAGCCCAUGACGUCAAAGAUGACGUUACAUCCCAUGCAUAAAUGGUAAAGUUCAAUACGAUUAUCAACAGAGAAUAAAUAUAUAAAAUCGAAAGUGGAGACGUUUCUGGUGCCAAAAUUAAGACUACAACAGGCCUUACUGGCCCAAAACCUUUGUGCCUCGCAAGAGAACAUUACAUGAUACUCCUUCUGUAACGAAAAAAAAAAACAUUCUGCCCGCCCACUGCAAUCAAAUAAAAAAAAUUGCACCUAAUAGUCAAAAUUUUGUUAUAUUUAAUUAAUUGCUUUUGUAAAGAGCAAAUUUGUUUUUGUAUUUUUUUUUUUUUUAUUUCAAAUCAUGUGCUUAGAAGCACAUAAAGCAUAUUUCAUGACUAAACUGCAGUCAUAUAUAUACCAUGUUUUAUCAUGACACGAAAUGCCUAGAUAACAAUGCUACAUAACUUCGAAAAUCAAGCGCAAUUACUGUACAAAAUUACUUUCGUAGUUUGUCAAGUGAGGAUUUUGCAUGUAUAUUAUAACAUAUAUAAGGCUAAAGCUAACUUUUUCAUUAUUGAUUUCAAAACACAUGACAUUUUAGUAAAAAUCAUUAUCAAAAGUCAUUUUACAAAGAAAAAAGUCUAUUUUUUUCGCUAAAAAUUAGCAAAAAUGAACUUAUAAAAAAGUUCCAUAAUAUUUGACAACAAAACAAUUGAUAUAGUCUCAAACAAAUAUUUUUACGAAUUUAUAAAUUAUUACUUUCUCUCAAUUUUGCAACAUUUUAUUUAUUUUAAUCUCGUUAUUAUUAUUGGUAUUUCAUUAUAAUUUUAUACUGCUCAUUCGAAUGUUCCACGUGCAUAUUUUCAAGUACCUUUGAAACCCAUAUUGGCUUAUAAUAAUCAACCCUCGUUCCAGGCCAGAAACCAUAAUUCCGUGUAACUCUGUUCACGGAAACUAACUGUUUUCUGCGAAAAUUAUUUUCUGGAUACUUUAUGGCCCUAAUAAAAGUGUCGCAUGUUUUAUCCAGGUUGUUCCAUCAGUCUGUAAUGUUUUAGUUUUCUUAUUAAUUCCGUUUUUUUUUAUCCAAACGAAAAUAUCGACAUGGGUAAUAGAGUUGUUUGACAUCAAGUGAUAAACCCCUCUCUCGUAGUCAUUGUUUUGUGACGUCAUUUAUGACGUAAUCAAUCACGCAUCAUCAUUUUGACAAAAAUUUCGUUCGUGGAUUAUUUCACCCAUAUUGACAAAUUUUUAUUCUUAAGUGUGGGAAAAAACCGCUUUAGUAGAAUUUAAUUUAAUAGAUUAAUACACAAAUAUAUAUUGUUUGUGAAUUUACUGCUACCAAUUAAUAGCAUGAAAAAAUUGUGUAUCAAAGUUACACCAAGUUCGCAUAACCGCUUCAAAUAUGUGCCUAUCUACUGGAUAUCUCUGGACUGUGUACUAAAACUUGAUUCAUGUGUUUCUAUGUUCUUUAAUUAAAAUCAACUGAACAAACUCUAUUUCACGGUAGUUGUAUUCUCGCUUCGACGUUCAGUUUACUUAUUAUUAUCCAUUGUUUUCUAAAAAUUUUUUCAAUUUUGAUUUUUUGGAAUAAUAAUUAUUUGCUGAUUUGAGGUUGCCCUAAUUUAAAAAAAUAUUGAAAUAAAAUUUUGCAUUUCAUA